GGGCGAAUACGGCAUCCAAAAUGGCGGGCUCCGUCUCGUCGAAGUCAUCCGAGUCAGUGUCGCUGUUGUUGUCCGGCAGUUCCAUGAAUCCUGCCUUCCUGGCCGGAUCUUUUUUCAGCUAUCUUGUUUUUACAAUAUGCGUGGAAAGUAGCCAGCUUUUCUUGAAAGUCUUUUGGCAGUUGCUGUGAAAUAGUAGUCCGUGUGCGGAUGGAGAGAUUGCGUCUUUUCAUGAACCGGAAACACCAAGAAGCACCACCUUUUUAAAUCAUCUAAGUGAAGUUCGCUUGCUAGCGCUGUUGCCUUCAUUGGAAUAGUGAUGGUAUUGACACUUCUGCUUGCUGCUCUCUGCUCAACUACCCACUGUUCCAGUUUGUCCUCCAACUGUUGCCAUCUUGCUUUGUUCCCUCAAACUCUGUGUUGUCUUCUUUACUUGGCGCAGGUCAUCUUGUUGCUUCCUCCACCUAAGCACCAUUGAUUCAUUUAUGUUCAAUUCUCUCGCUGCUGCUCUAUUUCCGUGUUCUCCUGCGUGACUUAUUUCCUUGAGUUUGAAUUCUGCGUUGUACGCGUGUCUUUUAGUAGGAGCCAUUUUGUGGUCGUCUUUACAGAAACACACAAAUGAAAUGAAUCGGAUUAGCCGCGCGCUUCUUCUUCUACGGGGGCGGGUGCUUACCUUGGCGGUUGCGUACCGUAGAAGAAGAAGCGCUUCCUCUUUCCAGGUGGGCGGGCGCUUACCUUGGCGGUUGCUUACCGUAGAAGAAGAAGCGCUUCCUCUUCUACGGGGAAAAAAGAUGGCGGCUGUUUACCGAAGUUGCGAAACCUAAACUCUAUGAAAAUAAAUAUUUGUAUUAAUACAUAUACAAGGCGCACCGGGUUAUAAGCAGCACUGUCAUCUUUCGAGAACAUUUUUGGUUUUUAGGUGCGGCUUAUAGCGCGGAAAAUACGGACCCUUUGGGACAGGACUGUGUGACAAGGGGUGGCACUUUCGUGACAUCUGCGGUGCUUUUUGUGGACUUCUGGAUCUGCCUCCCGGGAGCCUUUUGGCCAUGGAGACCAGCUGCUGGGUCUCUGCCACACCGGAGUCCGUUUGGAGAGACUGGAGGAGAUGCGGAUGAGGGGACAGGGCUGCGGAGCUGGCACUGAGCGCCGGGACGGAGAGGCUUCACAGUGUCUUGGCUGGGUGAGCAGGUGUCGGACACCUCAGUCUCCUUGGACGUAUCCUCGCUCAUCCAUGCGGACUGGACUCUUGCCGAGAGUUGGUUGGCGGCCGAGAGUGGAGUCGGCUCUCUUGGUUGCUUUGUUGGGUCUGCUCCUGUCUCUGGCCAUGCUCUCUCCACCCCAGCAGACGAUGGGCAUGAGGAGACAUAUUCCGACUCGUUUGGAGGCGGGCAGUAAUGGCUCCAGUUCACGUCUUCCGCCAGCUUUCACCGGAUGGGAAGAGUACCACUCGGCCAGGAACGACGGAUGUCACCGAGCAAUGACUACUCCUUCGAAAUUGGAGACAGUGGAGGAACUACUCGACAUUGACGAGUUGAUAAAAACUCAACCAAGCAAGAAAGAUUUGCUGACAGCCAGGCUCUCAAAGAUUGGAUAUGACUUAAAGAGCUGUUUAAGCACCAUCAUGGACAGGCUCAUGACAAAUGAAUUAACGUCCAAUCUGAACAUGAAGGGGGGAGGGGGAAAAACUGCCUUUGCCGAGACGAAGCUGCUCGAUGUAGUCACAGAGCUAGUGUCUUGGAUACCCAGAAGGGGACCGAAACGAUGGUCCAUGAUGCCAUUAAAAAUAAACUGAAAUAUGCCCCUGCACGGAAGGGAGGAAUAGGAUGGGCAUCACAGGCUAAAUAAAUAAUUAUAUUGAU